AUGCCGCCGCCGCUGCUGCUGGGCUGGGGCUGGGGCUGUCUGCUUCUCGCCCACUGCGGCUCUGGCUCCGGGGUGUCCGCUCCACCCACACUCAACAUCAGCCUGGACCAGGAGCCAGAGGAGCGCUGGAAGCCCCUGAGCCUUCACUUCGACCCCGCGUAUCUCAAGAACGCAUCGGACCAAGUUAUUGAUUCCACGGUCCCCAAAUGGGUGCACCAGGCGGUUAAGCCUGUAGUGCUGGCUCUGGAGAAGUACAUGCCCCAGCCAUACGCAGGGGAGAUCAGGGGUCUGGCUCAACUCAUCGGAGGGAGCCUUUCGGACGCCAUCAUUCUCAACUUUGCCUAUGAAGUAUCUGCGUUUUGUACAAGUAUCGUGACUCAGGACAAACAAGGGAACAUCUACCACGGCAGAAAUCUGGACUAUCCUCAUCCUGUUCUCAGAAACCUCACCAUCAAUGUCAACUUUUUAAAGAAUGGAAAGGUUGUGUACCAAGGCACAUCAUUUGCAGGCUAUAUUGGCUUAUGGACCGGUCAAAGUCCAAAUAAAUUUACAAUAUCAGGUGAUCAGCGAGGGAGUGAACACUGGUGGAACUGGUGGAAAAACUGGGUGUCGGCCUUCCUUUUCCGGAGGUCUCCUGUUAGCUGGUUGGUGAGAGAGACUCUUGAAAAUGCGGAGGACUUCCUGGACGCCGUGCUCCGCCUCUCAAAAGUGCCCAUCAUCACUGGGGUGUACUACAUAGUGGGCGGGGUGCGAGCCGGUGAGGGCGUGGUCAUCACCAGAGAUCGCACCGGCCCCGCAGACAUAUGGCCACUGGAGCCCGUCAAUGGAGGGUGGUACAGAGUGGAAACAAAUUAUGACCACUGGAAGCCCUCUCCAGAACAGGAUAAACGAAGGAAAGUGGCCAAUGAAGCCUUAAAUGCAACUGGACAGGAGCAUAUCAACAUUGAUACACUUUAUCAGGUUUUGUCCCUGUACCCUGUGUGUAACGGUGUAACUGUGUACACCACCACUAUGAGCGCAGCAGCACCUGAAAAGUUCACCUCAGUUAUCAGAUCACAGGGCUGUCUUCCAUAA